CUGCUUUUAUCAAUCCAGAAGAAAAAAUGUGCGUGUAUGCUGUUUGUUUGUCUGUGACUUAGUCGAAGUCAGUUCGUUCUCCUUUCAACUAAUUGAUAGUUUAUUACGUGUGUUUAAAAAGAGGAGGAUAAUAAAUUAUUUUUAGUUAAAAAGUUAAUAAUUUUUAAGUUAUUAUUUUUGUGACUAUUUUGAGAGAACUCAACUCUUAAUAAAAAAUUUCCUGACACCCUAGUCCGUGGUAGCCUACUAUAGUACUUCUCGAUGAGACACCAAAGAAAGCUUGUUGGAUGGAGAUAUGGUGUUUUUAUUGGUUCUUGUGUAGCAUUUCUAGGUUUAGCGGUUUAUCCGGUUAUAAUUUCACCUAUGAUCAACCCAGAUUAUUAUAAACAAGUACAAGCCAUUGGUAGAAAGGAUAUUAAACAAGAAAAUGUACAACCUGGAAAAAGAUACUAUUGAAAGACCAGUGAGGCAGAACCAUGAACUCUUAAAGCAAAUACUUUCUGAUUCAACUGUAUGAUAUUUCUAUUGAGCCUCAAGGAAUGGAGUCAGAGAACCAAGCAGUUUCUUUGAGGUAACGUAAGAAAGGAAUAUAUUUAAAGAUUUCUUUUUGAAUUUAAUCAAAUUAAUAAUUACACAUAUAUUUAUUUGAUAUUUGUUACUGGCACUACCGUACUCUACAAUGGGAAUAGGCAUAUAAUACAGUGUGAUAGCAAUUCGCAAUACUAUUGACUCAUCAUAAUAUUACAUGUUUAAUCAAUUUUAUUAAGACUUCACAAUUUUGAUUAACUCUGUGUACCAUAAUGUGACAUGUUCAAUAAAUG